UGACCGUGCAACCGGGAGUGGUUGUAAGGGAGUGGCUAGAGAGAGAAGAGAGCGAGAGAAAGAAAGAGAGAAGAGACAGAGAAGAGGGUUCUGGAGCUAUGGAGGUAUGGAGACGAGAGACUGUGUCGUCGACGCUGCUUCUGGUGCUAACAUGCACCAUUCUCUUCCUGAUGUCGGGAGUCUCCGCCACCAGAUUCAUCGUCGGAGCAAACAUGGGCUGGACUUCCAAUGUCAACUACACUGAGUGGGCAAAAGGCAAACAUUUCUACCUAGGUGACUGGCUCUUUUUUGUAUACGACAGGAACCAGAUGAACGUGCUAGAAGUGAACAAGACAAACUACGAGACGUGCAACGAGAACCAUCCGAUUCACAAUUGGACCACCGGCGCAGGGAGGGAUGUGGUUCCACUCAAUGUCACCAAGACAUACUACUUCAUCAGUGGCAAAGGAUUCUGCUACGGCGGCAUGAAAGUCGCCGUCCACGUCGAGAAAUUGCCUCCACCGCCAGCAUCUUUGCCGGAGAAAAGCAAGAAUGGGUCUCCGUCCAAUUACGGAAGCCAGAUUGUUUUGCCAGCUGUGUUCGCCAUUGUUGCACUCUUUUGGGACAACUUCAUUGGGUUUUGGUACUAGUAAGACGUAACCAACUGCUCCCACGCUCCCCAGUCCCUAGCUUGAGUUUGUGAAGGAGAGUUUGAUUGUAAACGUUUGAAUGAAGUUGUUAGAAGGAAGGGAAUUUCAAAUUUGUACUCUGUAACAGUGAUUGCUUUUGAGUUGUUUUCACCUUUUUCUAGUUGAAUCAAGGAUGAUCCGAAGUCCGCGAUCCAUGGUGGAGUAAAACGCGGUCUUUUGUUGAUUGAUGUCCCGCAAUUUAAAAUAGCGAUGAAUGCGGAGCUGAGCGUCAAGGAGGAAGAAAGCGUCGGUGGAUGGGAUCAUUGAAAUGUUUGUUUAUUUAUUUAUUUAGUCAUGAAAGGUAAGAAUGUAACACAACACAACCAGCUUUAGUCGGAGGCAGGCAGGUGGUGGUUGGAACUUGGAAAUGGCAUUCUUUCGCGUCGUGUUAUUGUUACCAUUUAUUUAUUUAUCUU